AUGGUUCUCCGCAAAUUUGAACUCGAGGGCAAGCUUGGCGAAGAGACUCGACUCAUCGAGAGUGGCGUUCUUCUCGAGGAGAAUCCUCUCGACGAGAGCCCUGAGUUCAAUGAAUUUCUCAUGGCGUGUCGACAUGGCGAUCUGAAGAGAUGUCAAGAGCUCAUCAGCCAGGGUGUGAACAUCAAUGGCAAGGAUCGUUUCGAUUACACGCCUCUCAUCAUUGCGAGUUUAUGCGGUCACUAUGAGCUUGUCCGGCUAUUAUUAGAAUCUGGCGCCCUAGCAGAAAGAAAUACUUUCCAAGGGGAACGAUGCAUCUACAACGCCCUCAAUGAUCGCAUCCGCAACCUUCUCCUUCAAUAUGACUUCUCCAAGUCCUCAGAUCCUUAUGUCUACUGGUCCACUCACAUUUCAACUCUUCUUGGCCGUACAAGCCCCAAGACAACAGAUAUCACCCUUGUCUCAGGCUCCCGUUUCUUCGAUCUUCACAAAUUCAUCCUCAUAGCACGGUCACCCUAUUUCCGUGCCAAACUUGCUGCUACCCCAGAUACCACCACAUGGAAACUUGCCAGCGCGGUACCCGUGCAGUCUUUCAUCAUUGUCUUGAGAUAUCUCUACUUGGGCGAGGUUCCUCGUGAUAUCGCACCUGUGGGUGCCGACUCUGAAGAAGAAAUAUUCAAGGGCUUAGACAAGGUCAGCAAGCAGCUCGAAGUUGAAUCUCUAUGGGAGAAUAUUCUCGCAGGCGGAGACAGGAGACUUGCUCGCCAGCGGUAUCAAUCUGAAGUUGACCGGGCUCGAGGACAGUUCGAAACUUUCUUCAAACUAAAUGUCCUCGGACUCAAAAUGGUUGUUGAUACGAACCAGGUGAAAGAUAUCAAGUGGAAGUAUGAUAACUCAAUGUUUGCAGAUGUCAUCCUUCGCGCUGAUGAGCCCAUCGAUAUCGAGGAUGAAAAGUCUGGCCAGACAACGCCAACAAGAGACGCCCCUACUAUACCGAUUGGCCCAGCCGGAGACCAAGAAUCAGUCAUCAAACGCAAAUCAGUCCUUUAUCCCGCUCAUAAGGCGAUGCUAAUUCGCAGCGAGUACUUUGAGAAGAUGUUUUCGGGCGAUUUCGUCGAAUCCAAACGAGAUCAACAUCUCCGAAUCAUCACCGUCGAUUGCACGCCUGCAGUCCUUGAAAUCAUCCUUACUUACCUCUACACCGAGACUGUUAGCUGUCCCCUUGAGCACGCUUUGGACCUGUUAUAUGCUGCAGAUAUGCUGUUCCUCGAUAAUCUUAAGAGUAAAGCUGCUCUGACCAUCAGCACGCUUGGUAGCGGUACCUCCAAUGUGCUGGUAGACCGCACUCAUGGUGAGGCAGCUGAGGAGGACGAACAAAUAGAGAUGGAGCCCGUCAACAUUUACGACGUGAUACACGCAGCAUGGGAUCUUCGUGUCCAGCGGUUGGAAGAAUUCGCUGCGCGUUAUCUUGCUUAUCGCCUAGAGGAUUACAUAGAUGAGGAAGACUUCCAAGCUCUCAUUGCAGAAUCUGCCCAACGGAUCACUGUUCGAGAAGAGACAGAUACUAUCGAAUUGCUGGACGAUAUUCGGUAUUACCUAGACGAUCGAUUUCGAUAUCGCUUUGAGGAUGCAGGUCUGGAAGACAUGAUGGAUGAGGAGGGAGAAAUCGAUGCAGAAUUAGCUGCUGCGAUGGCACAACAAGCUGAGAUAUCGACAGAUGUUGCAGGCGGCGUUUCUACUGAUACCAAACCCAUGUUUAACAAGGAUAAUGACAGGAAUGGACAAGCCAACGGUCGGGGUGCCGUGAGAACGUUGGAUGGAGCGGAAGCAGAGGAUGAGUUUGUUUCAGACGCCAUCAACUACCAGAUCCUACAAGGCAAGAUCGACGCUAUGCUUGACCGACUCAAGCUUGAUGCAUAA